CAGCGCCUCUCUGGGCCCCGCGCGCCCCGCCCGCCAGGCUCCUUGCUCUCCGCUCCUUUCUUGUGUCACCGCUACGCAUGCGCCUUGCAAGGAGGGGGCGAGAUAUCGGGGACAGGGCGGGGGGCGGGCCUAGGCCAGGGGCUCACAGCGACUGCGCGGACUGGUUCUCGGCUGGAACAUGGCGACUUGCGCCGAAAUCCUGCGGAGCGAGUUCCCUGAAAUUGACGGACAGGUCUUCGACUACGUGACGGGCGUCUUGCACAGCGGCAGCUCGGACUUCGAGUCUGUGGAUGACCUGGUGGAAGCUGUGGGGGAACUAUUGCAAGAGGUGUCCGGGGACAGCAAGGAUGACGCGGGCAUCAGGGCCGUGUGCCAGCGCAUGUACAACACUCUGCGCCUGGCUGAACCACAGAGCCAGGGAAAUAGCCAGGUGCUACUGGACGCGCCUAUCCAGCUGUCAAAGAUAACAGAGAACUACGACUGUGGAACCAAACUUCCAGGACUGCUAAAGAGGGAACAGUCCUCGACAGUGAAUGCAAAGAAGCUUGAGAAGGCCGAGGCUCGACUUAAGGCAAAGCAGGAGAAGCGGUCAGAGAGGGACACGCUCAAGACUAGCAACCCUCUAGUCUUAGAAGAGGCAUCAGCCAGCCAGGCAGGCAGCAGAAAGGAGAGUCGAUUGGAAUCAUCUGGCAAGAACAAAUCCUAUGAUGUGCGAAUUGAGAACUUCGAUGUGUCUUUUGGUGACAGAGUACUGCUGGCUGGAGCUGAUGUGAACCUGGCAUGGGGCCGCCGUUACGGGCUGGUGGGGCGGAAUGGGCUGGGGAAGACCACGUUACUGAAGAUGCUGGCCACCCGGAGUCUGCGGGUUCCAGCCCACAUUUCCCUGCUGCAUGUUGAGCAAGAGGUUGCUGGAGAUGACACCCCUGCCCUACAGAGUGUGCUGGAGAGUGACAGUGUGCGGGAGGGCCUGUUACGGCGGGAGCGGGAACUCAGCGCCCAGAUUGCUGCUGGCAGGGCGGAGGGCUCUGAAGCCGCAGAGCUGGCAGAAAUCUAUGCCAAACUGGAGGAGAUUGAGGCCGACAAGGCACCUGCCAGAGCAUCAGUCAUUCUCGCUGGGCUUGGCUUUACCCCCAAAAUGCAGCAGCAGCCCACCCGGGAGUUCUCGGGUGGCUGGAGGAUGAGGCUGGCCCUGGCCCGGGCCCUAUUUGCUAGACCAGAUCUGCUGCUGUUAGAUGAACCUACAAACAUGCUGGAUGUCAGGGCCAUCCUGUGGCUGGAGAAUUACCUGCAGACAUGGCCCUCCACAAUCCUGGUCGUCUCUCAUGACCGCAACUUCCUGAAUGCCAUCGCCACAGACAUUAUCCACCUGCAUAGCCAGCGGCUACCUGAGCUGAAGCCUGUGGACAAGGAAUCAGAGGUGGUAAUGAAGUUCCCUGAUGGGUUUGAGAAGUUCUCGCCACCAAUUCUGCAGCUAGAUGAGGUGGAUUUCUACUAUGAUCCGAAGCACGUCAUCUUCAGUCGCCUCUCCGUGUCUGCUGAUCUCGAGUCCCGCAUCUGUGUGGUUGGAGAGAAUGGGGCCGGGAAGUCUACCAUGCUGAAGCUGCUUAUGGGGGACCUGGCACCUGUUCGGGGCAUCAGACAUGCUCACAGGAAUCUGAAGAUUGGCUAUUUCAGCCAGCACCACGUGGAGCAGCUGGAUCUAAACGUCAGUGCUGUGGAGCUGCUGGCACGCAAGUUUCCUGGGCGGCCUGAGGAGGAGUACCGCCACCAGCUGGGUCGGUAUGGCAUCUCCGGAGAACUGGCCAUGCGCCCUGUAGCCAGCUGGUCUGGGGGCCAGAAGAGCCGAGUGGCGUUUGCUCAGAUGACCGUGCCCUGCCCCAACUUCUACAUUCUGGAUGAACCCACAAACCACCUGGACAUGGAGACCAUUGAGGCUCUGGGCCGUGCCCUCAACAAUUUCAGAGGCGGUGUGAUUCUGGUGUCCCACGAUGAGCGCUUCAUCAGGCUGGUGUGCCGGGAGCUGUGGGUGUGUGAGGGAGGCGGUGUCACCCGCGUGGAAGGAGGAUUUGACCAGUACCGCGCCCUCCUCCAGGAGCAGUUCCGCCGUGAAGGUUUCCUCUAGGGCCACCAGGCUGAGGACUUGCCCAGGACAUGGACUGUCUCUCAGACCCCUGGGCUACCACGUAGGCAACCAACUCCAGGCCAUGAACUUCCCCCGACUUGGGGACAGCCUUAUUCCCAAAUGUCUCUCUCCUUUUGACUGGAGCAUCUUCUGCACAACCUUGGGAGCCCAUCCAAGGGUUGGUGAGGACUGGUCUCCCAGGGGGCGGGGUCUGGGGGGGUACCCUCCGGGGUUAUAGAUUCCCCCACUGCCCCAGCUCUGACUGGACCCCAAGUGGCUGCUAUGUAAAUUAAAUCUCUCCCUGCAUCUCA